AUGGCAUCUCGAGUUCUCUUCAAGUCGACCACUACGGCCGCUCGCGGCGCCAUGUGCAGCAGACAAUCAAUGACACAACGCACCAUUGCUAGCAGCGCCAUCCUCAGACACAAGGAGAGCGCAAUCCACAACGAGGAGGACCACACGGAAAAGCACAAGCAGGACCUGCUCAAGAAGCAUAAAGAUGGCAAGGCACACUGGAAGCCAGAGCUGGCGUCGGACAGCGAGGAGGCGAUUAAGGCGGAUCGUGGCGGUGGCGAGGCCGAGGACCACCAGAAGUUGCAGGAGCGCACUAAGCAUGCCGCCAAUGAGACGAGCAAGUCGGGCACGAGCAUGCGAGACGGGCUAUGA